UUUAGGACAUAUAUAUAUAGACGAGUCAAUUUAUAAUUCUUAAAUUUAAGGAAAAUAACAUAAAUAUAUAUAUGCUGAUAGAUAUAGGAAGAUAAAGCAAGUUGAGUUAUCUCACCGAUAUUGUGGAGAGUUUUUGAAACUCAUCUUACCUAAAAACCACAUAUUUUCCUGCUAUUUUUUUUUUUUUUUUUUGGAGGGAUAUGAACACUUACAGUGCGAAAGUGACAGAUCAAGUCGAGGUUCACUUACUAUAAAAUGCCUAUCUUCAACUCCAUUUGGUUCAUAGAAACUAGGCAAGAAGAUGGCCACGAUGAAGAAGAAAGACUUAAACGUGGAAAGGAAACAAGGCGGCUUGAUCACAAUGCCCUUCAUCUUCGGUAAUGAAGUCGGUGAGAAAUUGGCCGUGGUAGGGUUUAGCACAAACAUGAUCAGCUACUUAACCGGGCAGCUCCACCUGCCCAUGACUAAGGCCGCCAACACUCUCACAAACUUCGGCGGCACCGGAGCCCUCACACCGCUGCUCGGCGCCUUCAUUUCCGACGCCUUCGCCGGGAGGUUUUGGACCAUUACAAUCGCCUCAGUUUUACUACAAUUAGGAAUGAUAAGUUUGACAAUAUCAGCAAUUUUGCCUAGUUUAAGGCCGCCAGCGUGCAAAGGCGGCGCAGCAUGCAAAGAGGCGGAUUCCGGGCAGCUGGCCUUCCUCUACGUGUCCCUCCUGCUGUCGGCGCUUGGGUCCGGCGGGUACCGGCCGUGCAUCGUGUCGUUCGGGGCGGACCAGUUCGACGAGAACGAUCCGAGGCAGAAGGUGACGACGUGGAAGUUCUUCAACUGGUACUACUUCUGCAUGGGGGCUUCCAUCUUGGUCGCCAACACCGUCAUCGUCUACAUUCAAGACAACGCCGGUUGGGGCUGGGGCCUCGCCGUCCCCACUUUUGCUAUGUUUGUGUCCAUCGUCGCCUUCGUCUUCGGCUACCCCUUGUACCGGAAGCUCGACCCUGCCGGCAGCCCCUUUACGCGGCUGGUGCAGGUCUCCGCCGCCGCCUAUAGGAAGAGGAAGCUGGGGAGGGUUUCCGAUCCGAGCAAGCUGUAUGAGAAUGAGAUUCUUGAUGCUGCCAUUUCUGUUGGGGGCAAACUCGUCCACACUGAUAGUAUCAAGUUUUUGGACAAGGCCGCCGUGGUGACGGAAGACGACGAUCCCAAGGCUCCGAAUCCGUGGAGGCUGAGCAGCGUGCAUCGCGUGGAGGAACUGAAAUCCGUAAUUCGAAUGGGGCCAAUAUGGGCGGCGGGAAUCAUCACCAUCACCGCGGCCGCCCAGCAGAACACCUUCUCCCUCCAGCAAGCCCGAUCCAUGGACCGACACCUGGGCCCCAAAUUCCAAAUCCCACCGGCUUCCAUGUCCGUCUUCACACAGACAUCAAUGCUGGCCACCAUUGUCUUCUACGACCGCGUCUUCGUCCCCGCCUCGCGCAAGCUCACCGGCCUCGACCGCGGCGUCACCUUCCUCGCCCGAAUCGGGAUCGGAUUCGGCAUCUCCCUCCUCGCCACGCUGGCCGCCGGCUUCGUCGAGAUCAGGCGCAAGGAAGCCGCCGCGGCGCACGGCCUCACCGACCACGGGGCGGCGGCCAUCCCCAUCUCGGUGUUCUGGCUGGCGCCGCAGUACUGCCUCCACGGCGUGGCGGAGGCGUUCACGUCGAUCGGCCACCUGGAGUUCUUCUACGACCAGGCGCCGGAGAGCAUGAGGAGCACGGCGCCGGCGCUGUUCUGGCUGUCCAUAUCGGCGGGGAGCUAUACGAGCACGCUGCUGAUCACGGUGGUGCACAAGUACAGCGCGGGGCCUGAUGGAUCCAACUGGCUUCCCGAUGAUAAUUUGAACAGAGGGAAACUGGAGUAUCUGUAUUGGCUCAUCACACUGCUGCAGUUCUUCAACUUGAUUUAUUACAUCAUCUGCGCUAAGAUGUAUACCUACAAGCCGUUGGAGCUUAGGAAGGAGAAGGACACACAAGAUGGAGUUGAGCUCGUAGGGAAUGCUAAUGCUUAGGACCAAUCUCAUCUUCUUCUUUUUCUUUUUUUCGAUAUUUAGUUAGAGAUCAUUUCCACUCAUUCGUGAAAUGAAUAAAAGAUGAUAUGAUACAAAA